AUGGAAGGAGACCACGUCCGCGGAGCGCAGCCGAGACUCGGAGAGCGCGUUCGGCAGGCUGGGCGCGGCGCAGCGCCGGGGCGCAGCAGGUACCGGCACCCUUGGUCCCCUGUGCCUACCAGUGGGGCUGACUCAACCCCUCCUGCAGGCAUCAUGGCCCAGAGCAGGGCGCUGCUGUUCCUGCUGCUGCUGCCCCCGCAACUGCAGCUGGGACUAGUGCUCGCAGUGAGGGCCCCUGCGUCAGGCCGAACCAACACUCACAGCCUGAGCCCCGAGGAGAACGAGUUCAUGGAGGGGCCGGUGCUGGUCCUGAGCCCUGAGGAACCAGGGCCCGGCCAGGCCACAGUUGACUGCCCCCGUGACUGCGCCUGCUCCCAGGAGGGUGUCGUGGACUGUGGUGGCAUUGACCUGCGCGAGUUCCCAGGGGACCUGCCAGAGCACACCAACCACCUGUCCCUGCAGAACAACCAGCUGGAGAAGAUCUACCCCGAGGAGCUCUCUCGGCUGCACCUGCUGGAGACUCUGAACCUCCAGAACAACCGUCUGACUUCCCGAGGGCUCCCGGAGGAGGCGUUUGAGCACCUGACCAACCUCAAUUACCUGUACCUGGCCAAUAACAAGCUGACCUUGGCACCCCGAUUCCUGCCCAACACUCUGAUCAGUGUGGACUUUGCUGCCAACUAUCUCACCAAAAUCUACGGGCUCACCUUUGGCCAGAAGCCAAACUUGAGGUCCGUGUACCUGCACAACAACAAGCUGGCGGAUGCCGGGCUGCCAGACAACAUGUUUAAUGGCUCCAGCAAUGUCGAGAUCCUCAUCCUAUCCAGCAACUUCCUGCGCCACGUGCCCAAACACCUGCCGCCUGCCCUCUACAAGCUGCACCUCAAGAACAACAAGCUAGAGAAGAUCCCACCAGGUGCCUUCAGUGAGCUUAGCAACCUGCGUGAGCUGUACCUGCAGAACAACUACCUGACUGAUGAGGGCCUGGAUAAUGAGACCUUCUGGAAGCUCUCCAGCCUAGAGUAUCUGGAUCUGUCCAGCAACAACCUGUCGCGCGUCCCAGCGGGGCUGCCACGCAGUCUGGUGCUGCUGCACCUCGAGAAGAACGCCAUCCGAAGAGUGGACGCGGACGUGCUGACCCCCAUCCGCAGCCUUGAGUACCUGCUGCUGCACAGCAACCGGCUGCAGGCGCACGGCAUACACCCGCUGGCCUUCCAGGGCCUCAAGAAGCUGCACACGGUGCACCUGUACAACAACGCGCUGGAGCGCGUGCCCAGCAGCCUGCCCCGCCGCGUGCGCACCCUCAUGAUCUUGCACAACCAGAUCACGGGUAUCGGCCGCAACGAUUUCGCCACCACCUACUUCCUGGAGGAGCUCAACCUCAGCUACAACCGCAUCACCAGCCCGCAAGUGCAUCGUGACGCCUUCCGCAAGCUGCGUCUCCUGCGCUCUCUAGACCUGUCUGGGAACCGGCUGCAAACGCUGCCGCCGGGCCUGCCCCGCAAUGUGCAAGUGCUGAAGGUCAAGCGCAAUGAGCUGGUCGCCCUGGCGCGAGGGUCGCUGGCCGGCAUGGCCAAGCUGUGUGAGCUCUACCUCACCGGAAACCGGCUGCGCAGCCGGGCCUUGAACCCGCGUGCUUGGGCAGACCUCACUGGCCUGCAGCUGCUGGACGUCGCUGGGAAUCAACUCACAGAGAUCCCUGAGGGGCUCCCUGAGUCACUCGAGUACCUGUACCUGCAGAACAACAAGAUUAGCUCCGUACCUGCCAAUGCCUUUGACUCCACACCCAACCUCAAAGGGAUCUUUCUCAGGUUCAACAAGCUGGCCGUGGGCUCUGUGGUGGAAAGCGCCUUCCGGAGGCUGAAGCACCUGCAGGUCUUGGACAUUGAAGGCAACUUUGAAUUUGGUGACGUUUCCAAGGACCGUGGCCGCUUGAAGGAGGAAGAGGAGGAAGAGGAAGAGGAGGAGGAAGAGGAGGAAGAUGAAGCGAGAUAG